GGCAACCUUCUGGAACCGAGACUGGAACAGCCUGUGUUUUGACCAUGAAUAUGAGCAAUAAUGCAAUGUAACCGGACUAUUUCGUAGAUAAUUCCGUGUUUUACACCAGUGGAAUAUUUGACAGACAUAUGAGAUAAGUGCGGCCAACGAACGUAGUUUAUGCCUUUCAUCCGCUGCUCUAAUCCGACGGAUACGAAUUGUUGACGGGACAGCGCAGAUCGAGGUCUUGCACAAAAGUUUCGACGCCCAUACUGAUUCAAUCGGUCCUCGUGAUGCUACCGUGCCUGCACAGAGCCGUACGGCCCGCUCUCACGCUUAGAUCGGGUACCAUCUUUAGAGGACUCCGCGGGACAACAACGGUCCGUGAAACCUUUCCAACGAUGCUUGUGCAAAGCUGUAACAUGGGCACACAUCCGCACAAAGACCCGAUGGAGCCCUUGACGUCACCACAGGGAGCCAGAGACUUUAUUUGCAAUCUUCAUCCGACCGAACGCACGUGCCUGCUUAGAGAACUUCACAAGUUCGAGUCUAUUGCAAUAGCUCAAGGGACACUGGAAGUGUUGCCCCCAACCUCAGCUCAGCUCAAAUAUGUUAUCCUCCACAACGCCAUUCCCUUUGUGGGGUUUGGUUUCCUGGACAACGCCAUCAUGAUCGUUGCUGGAACACAAAUUGAGUUGUCCAUUGGAGUGAUUCUAGGGAUUUCAACCAUGGCAGCUGCCGCUCUAGGAAACCUCGUGUCGGACCUGGCUGGACUUGGGCUUGCAGGGUAUGUGGAGGCACUGGCCUGUCGACUGGGCAUGCGGAUCCCAGAUCUGAGCCCCAAGCAGGUGGACAUGUGGCAGACCAGAGUCAGCUCUCACUCAGGUAAAGCUAUCGGAGUGGGAAUCGGAUGCAUCCUAGGCAUGUUCCCCCUCCUCUUCUUCAAAGACGAGGAGAAAAAAAAAGAUAAAAAAGAUGCAGAGACCUCCUCCGCCGACAGCAGAAGCAGCAACUAAGACAGCGGACCUGAAGGACUUGGCCCUGUGGUGAAAUGAGAGAAAAAGGAUCACUACUGGACUGUUGCAGAGCCUGAGUAGCACAUUAUAACCUCUUUCAGUUUCUGUCAGACCUGCUAAGAUUACUAGAAUACUAAGACAGUGCACGAGCAUGGCUACUUUUGAUGUCAAAAAUCUUAAGAAUCCUAAAUGUUACCUGCAACCUUGCAAUUGUAUGACAUCACAUCCUGAAAGCCUCUUCCAGCCAUGCUAGAUGCUUAUUGGCCCUUUUUUCAGUUCAUGAAACAGUCUAGAUUCUGUGAAUGAAAGCAGUUCUGGUCUGCAGUCAGCCACAUUGAACCUCUCAGAGAAUUACAUACCUACAUAUUAAGUCAGCAGGUAACUUCAAAUUAAAAUUCAACCAUUUAUUUUGAUUAAGAUGUAAAAAAAAUUGGGCAGUGUUACAUAACAAACUGAAUAUUUCCCCCCUGUUUUUAGGCCACCAGUGACAUUAUACUGGCAAUUUACCUCAGCAACAGUUGCAUUGUUUCACCACCAGAUGGUGCUUAAAGCAAAGGAUUCCACUGUAGGUCCACUUAACACUACAAAAAUACUGCUACUACUGCUAACACACCUGCGCUCCAUACAAACUUGUUUUACAUUUACCGUUCAUAGCAUGAUAAUAAGCCAAAGGCAUACUUAGAUACAUAUGAAUUCAGUUAGCACAUCCCAUGGCAAAACGUGCCUUAAUCACAAGGCUGUUAAAGGUCAAUAGAUGUCCCCUCCAGUGUGCAUGCCUGUAGGUUCCUGUGUGCAACAGUAGGAUUUAAUGAGAUACCUGUCUCAUCCAAACUAACUUACAGUCCAUCCAAAUCAUUCAUAUGAAAGAGCAACCCUAUGCUGGGAAUAAACAUCUUGUGUUGAAGAGAAAAACACUUAUGUGGCACUUGAAGGAAUUCACUGCUGGAAGUUAUUUAUUAAUAUUUAUUUAUCUGUCAACUGAUUUUAUUCGGGAAAUGUCGAGCACAAAGACUUUAAUCGGCAGUUUAUGGGCCGAUACGUUUAAUCAGUACCUUGUUUGACCUGCUGUGGUUACAGCGUCUGAUGUGAAUACGUUGCAUGAUGUUCUGUUUUGUUCAGGUGGUCGCAUGCUCACUAUAUUAUGAAACAAGAAACUAAACUAUAAGGCUGGACACCUUUUGGAAUGUCCUCACCAGACAUGCUUGAACAAGCAAGACAUGAAGAUUUCCACCAUAAGGAACUUAGGAAAGGACUAUUUGGUAGCAAUAAGAAAGUUGACAGUGUGUACACACAAGUACAUGGAACCUGAAUGUGUUUAACCUGUGAUUCCUCCAAAAACCCUCUGCUUGGUUAACCCUCGUGCUGCCUUCGGGUCACAUGACCCAAAGGUUCAUAAUGAACCAUCGUUGUGUUUACCCAAUUUUACCCAAUACAAAAACAAAUUAAAAUAAUUUUCUUUUAACCUUUGCAAUGUGGGGGGUCUGAGACAGCCUAGCUGUUAAAAGAAAAUGCUUCACUUUGUCUUUGUAUGCAGUAAAUCUGUCGCAAUACGACGGUGGGUCACAGUG